AUGCGUCGAUUAAAUCCUCUGCUACGGCAGACCCUGCUCCUGCGGAAAUCACGUCCUAGUACACGUUACACCCUCCGACCGCCGCGCUUGCAAUGGCUGUCCACAACCUCCACUCGACCGUGUUCAUGCUCCGACCCGCAGCCUGAACAGCCGCCCUCUCAGUCCUCAGCUACACCUGCCGAUUAUCGCGCACUCGGAACUGCACAAGACCUGUUCACCACCUCUAUCUACAGUCCCGGAUCACCCCUUUUUCUCCCCAAUGGCACUCAUGUCAUCAACAAACUCGUUUCCUUCCUCCGCACGCAAUACCUCCAGUACGGUUUCCGCGAAGUCCUAACCCCGACCAUCUACAAACGUUCUUUAUGGGAGGUAUCGGGACACUGGCAAAACUAUAAAGAUGAUAUGUACGAAGUACGAGGCCGAGGAGCUAUGGGGGAGACUGAAGGAGAGGCCGGAGAGGAUGAAUCGUACGGACUGAAACCGAUGAAUUGCCCCGGUCAUUGCUUGCUAUUCAAGUCACAAAACCACUCAUACCGAGAACUACCCAUCCGUUACGCCGAUUUCAGCCCGCUACAUAGGAAUGAGGUGUCUGGUUCUUUAAGCGGACUCACUCGGGUUCGACGCUUCCACCAGGACGACGGACAUAUUUUCUGCCGACCGCAACAAAUUAAGAGUGAGAUCGCAUCCGCGCUUGGAUUCGUCGAUAUGGUUAUGACUACUUUCGGACUGGGGCCGUAUCGAUUGGUGCUUUCUACGCGACCGGAGAAGGACUUCAUUGGUAGUCUAGAAUUGUGGGACAGCGCGGAAUCACAGCUUCGCGAAGCUCUUGAUAACAGCGGAAGAGAAUGGGCACUCAAUGAGGGGGACGGUGCGUUUUAUGGCCCGAAGAUUGAUAUUCAACUCCAGGAUCAAGCCGGGAAAUACCACCAGCUCUCAACUAUUCAGUUGGACAUGAAUCUACCACAGCGUUUCGGGUUGGAGUAUCAGGUGGCUGAGGGAGAGGAGGACUACAAUCCAGCAACCCCUGGAAGGGCAAGGCCCGUGCUGGUUCAUCGGGCGAACUUUGGCUCCAUAGAGCGAUUCCUUGCCCUACUUAUUGAGCAAUACGCCGGUCGCUGGCCAUUCUGGCUGUCUCCGCGACAGGGAAUCGUCCUUACGGUCAACCAGGAUGAGAAGGUUCUGCAACAGGCGCAUGAGGCUGCGGCUAAGAUAUCGGGAUUCCGUGCGCUUGAGCCUGGUCAAAGUGGCAACAAUGCUCCCCAGCCUCUCUCCUUUGUCGACUCCACAUUCUUGAUUGACGUGGACGAUAGCCCUCAGACGCUAGGAAAGAAGAUCCAGAGGGCCAAACAGAUGAAGUACAACUUCAUCUUCAUCGUUGGACCUAAGGAUGUCGCCGAGUCGCGCGUUACAGCUGAUAUUACCGGUCAACUGCAGAGCAAGCCGGACGGAAAUGCGCAGAAGCUGCAGGACAUGCUGGUCAGCCGGUUUGGAGAGAAGGCGGUUCAGAACCCCCGGGCAGUUCCAUUAAAGGUUGACGAGGUGCACGAUCUCCUGGUGCAAUUGGAGAAGAGAUUUGUAUAA